CCACAUUAGCCACACAGUGGCGUGAGUUGUCGUUGUCGCCGCCGUGUUUCAACCAGUUCCGCGCAACGUUCCCUUGUCGCGCGCACCUCAGUACCGUGCCUGUGACCAACACGACGACGACAUUAUCGUACUGCCGUAACCGCCACCAGUCGUAACCCGUCGUCCGCGUCCCGCCGCACACGCGCACACCCUCAACGCCGUCGUGUUUUUUCCCGACCCUCCCCUCGUCGAAACGGGAUCAUAUUGUUCUCGUUGGAUUUCUAACGACCGGAAAACGGGCACAUACGUCGUGGAGACACCUUAGAAAACGCACCGUCGCCGCAACAGCCCGUUGGUUCGCUCACUCGCUUGUCGGACUGGACAGAUAUAUAUUUCCAACCGAACAGUCGACACACGUAAUUUGAUUCAUAAUGUCAGCCAAAGCAAUAAGUGAAGCGACUGGUAAAGAUAUCAUAAACAGAAAUUUAGCUCCACUAACAUCUGCUGUAAAGUGCCGGUUUGCAUCAGUGAAUGAAAACACAAAAUGGGAAGACCUUGUUUUGGAUAACCCAUGGUUAAAAACUGAAAGUUUGGUUGCUAAACCUGAUCAAUUGAUUAAACGCCGAGGUAAAUUAGGUUUGAUUAAAGUAAAAACUGAUUACUCUAGUGCUAAACAAUGGAUUCUUGAGCGUUUGGGAAAAGACCAACAAAUUGGUCGGGCAAAUGGAAAAUUAAAGAAUUUCAUCAUUGAACCAUUCAUUCCUCAUAAAGCUGAUGAAGAAGCAUAUGUAUGUAUUUACUCUCAUCGUCAUGCUGAUACAAUUCUUUUCCACCAUGAAGGUGGUGUAGAUAUUGGAGAUGUUGAUGCUAAAGCGUUGAAGCUUGAAGUACCAAUUGGACAAAAUGUAACAGAAGAGCAGAUUUUGGAAAAUUUGUUGACUAAAGUCAGCCCUGCUAAGCAAAAGACUAUUGCAACAUUUAUUGUUGCUUUGUACAAAAUGUAUGUUAAUCUUUAUUUCACAUAUUUGGAAAUCAAUCCGUUAGUAGUAACAGAUAGUGCUAUAUAUAUAUUGGAUUUAGCUGCAAAAAUUGAUUCUACUGCUGAUUUUAUUUGCCGUGCAUCUUGGGGUGAAAUUGAAUACCCCCCACCAUUUGGACGUGAUGCUUUUCCAGAAGAAGCAUACAUUGCUGAUUUGGAUGCUAAAAGUGGAGCUUCUCUUAAAUUAACAAUUUUAAACAAAAAAGGACGUAUCUGGACAAUGGUUGCUGGUGGUGGUGCUUCUGUUAUUUAUGCUGAUACCAUUUGUGAUUAUGGAGGUGCUAGUGAAUUAGCUAACUAUGGAGAAUACAGUGGUGCUCCUUCGGAACAACAAACUUAUGAGUAUGCAAAGACAAUUUUGAGUUUAAUGACCCAAGAGAAACAUCCUGAUGGUAAAGUUUUAAUUACUGGAGGAGGUAUUGCCAACUUUACCAAUGUAGCAGCAACGUUCAAAGGUAUAGUCACUGCCUUGACUGAAUACCAGACAAAAAUUUUGGAACACAAUAUCACAAUAUACGUUCGUCGUGCUGGUCCUAAUUACCAAGAAGGUCUUAGAAUUAUAAGAGAAGUAGGAAAAACUUUACGCAUUCCUAUAUAUGUAUUUGGACCAGAAACCCAUAUGACAGCUAUUGUUGGGUAUGCUUUGGGUAAAAAAUCUAUACCAAAAGAAACUGAACAGGAAUCGGUUACUGCUAAUUUCCUUUUGCCUGGUGGACAGGACUCAAAUUCUGUCAAUGCUAAACAAGAAGUUGUUGAUGGUUCUAAUGAUGGAGCAGGAAGUCCAACAGUGGCUUCAUCAAAUGUGCGACCUAAGUCUACUUCUUCUACCUCUUCUGUUAAACCCUUAUUUAGCAUCAACACUAAAGCCAUUGUAUGGGGAAUGCAAACUAGAGCUGUGCAGAGUAUGCUUGAUUUUGAUUUUGUUUGCCGAAGACAUGAACCAUCUGUUGCAUGUCUUGUAUAUCCAUUUACAGGUGACCAUAAAUUGAAAUUUUACUGGGGACACAAAGAAGUUUUAAUUCCUGUGUACAAAAAAAUGGAAGAUGCCAUGUCAAAGCAUCGUAAUGCAGACGUGUUAGUAAAUUUUGCUUCUUUGCGAUCAGCUUAUGACAGUACAAUUGAAACUCUUAAUUAUCCUCAAAUUAGAACUAUUGCUAUUAUUGCUGAAGGUAUACCAGAAAAUAUGACAAGAAAAUUAAUAUUGUUAGCCAAUGAAAAAAAAGUUACUGUUAUUGGACCUGCUACAGUUGGUGGAUUAAAACCGGGUUGUUUCAAAAUUGGUAAUACUGGUGGUAUGAUGGACAAUAUUUUGCAUUCCAAAUUAUAUAGAGAAGGAAGUGUUGCAUAUGUUUCUCGAUCUGGUGGUAUGUCAAAUGAGUUGAAUAAUAUUAUCUCAAGAACAACUGAUGGUGUAUAUGAAGGUGUAGCUAUUGGUGGUGACCGUUAUCCAGGCACUACAUUUAUGGAUCACAUAAUGAGAUAUCAAGCUGAUCCAGAAAUUAAAAUGAUUGUUCUUCUGGGUGAAGUUGGAGGUGUUGAAGAGUAUGAAGUUUGUGAAGCUUUAAAACAGAAAAAAAUCACCAAACCUCUUGUGGCUUGGUGUAUUGGAACUUGUGCUAGUAUGUUUACAUCCGAGGUUCAAUUUGGUCAUGCUGGUUCAUGUGCUAAUUCUGAUCAAGAAACGGCAACUUCUAAAAACGCUAAUCUUCGAGCAGCUGGUGCAUUUGUACCUACUUCAUUUGACUUUUUGGGAGACAUUAUCAAUGAUGUUUAUGUAAAAUUAGUGAAAGAAGGUGUCAUUAUUCCUCAACCUGAAUUACCACCUCCAACUGUUCCCAUGGACUAUUCUUGGGCACGUGAACUUGGUCUUAUUCGUAAACCAGCUUCUUUCAUGACUAGUAUUUGUGAUGAGCGUGGACAAGAAUUAUUGUAUGCUGGUAUGCCAAUUAGUGAUGUUCUCAAGGCAGACAUGGGUAUUGGAGGAGUAAUUUCACUAUUAUGGUUCCAACGUUCAUUGCCUCCAUAUGUUUGCAAAUUCUUUGAGAUGUGUCUAAUGGUAACUGCUGAUCAUGGACCAGCUGUAUCUGGUGCCCACAAUACAAUUGUCUGUGCAAGAGCUGGAAAAGAUCUUGUUUCAUCUCUGGUUUCUGGUUUGUUGACAAUUGGAGACAGAUUUGGUGGUGCAUUGGAUGGUGCUGCUAAACAAUUCACAGAAGCAUAUGACUCUGGACUAAUUCCAAUGGAAUUUGUAAACCAAAUGCGUAAGAAGGGAUCACUCAUCAUGGGCAUUGGUCAUCGUGUAAAAUCUAUUAACAAUCCAGAUAUGAGAGUAAAGAUCAUAAGAGACUUUGUUUUGGAAAACUUUCCAGCCACACCAUUAUUGAACUAUGCUUUAGAAGUAGAAAAAAUUACUACAUCGAAAAAACCAAAUCUCAUUUUAAAUGUUGAUGGGUGUAUAGCUGUAUCCUUCUGUGACUUAUUGAGAAAUAGUGGAAGCUUCACUCGUGAAGAAGCCCAUGAAUAUAUUGAUAUGGGCUCUAUUAACAGUUUGUUUGUACUCGGAAGAAGUAUUGGAUUCAUUGGACAUUUCAUGGAUCAGAAAAGAUUAAAACAAGGACUCUACCGUCAUCCAUGGGACGAUAUUUCUUACGUUUUACCUGAACAAUACAACUAGGCACCGUUUUUUAAAAAAAAUUUGUUUUCUAUUUUUAAUUGGUCGACAAGUGAACAAAGCCAUUUGCGUUUCAUUAAAGCCAAUAGAAGUUUUGGUUUGCGCACAAUUUAUUACCUGAUAAGUCUACAUAUAAGGAUUUUUCCAUCUUGGUUUCAAUAUUUAAAACGGUUGAAUUUUUUUUUUUUUUUUUUAGAUAC